CAGUAAGAUGACGUCUCGCCGAGUCACGUGACCCGCUACUUACAGUAAAACACCCAAUAUGGCAGAGAUGGUGGGUCUUGCACGAUAACUAAAAGCAACAUUACCAUUUCAACAGUAACGCGCUCUCACAUUCGGUCGAUUUUUCGGGACCCCGACCGCAAACAUGAGGGAACGGCAGAAGAAGAAAAAGGGGAGGACGUGGGCAGAGGCGGCGAAAACGGUACUUGAAAAGUACCCUAACACACCAAUGAGUCAUAAAGAGAUCCUCCAGGUGAUUCAGCGAGAGCGACUUAAGGAGAUAAGAAGUGGAACAUCCCCCCUUGCCUGCCUCAAUGCUAUGCUCCACACAAACUCCCGGGGUGAGGAGGGGAUUUUCUACAAAGUCCCUGGUCGAAUGGGAGUCUAUACACUGAAGAAGGACAUUGCAGAUGUGGUGAAAGAACUUUCAGAGGAGGCUUCUGAAGAUAGCAGCGAUAACACGUCUGACGCUCGAAGCACAGAAAACAACAACAGUGCCAGCAGCAAAGAGGGCCGCAGAGGAAGGUGGAAGAGAAGAGGGCCAGCAAAAUUGCAGUCACAACCAUCAUCUCCACAGUCUCGCUGCUCCUCUCCCUCAGUCUCUAGCAACAAGCUCAUCUCUUCAUCCCAGAAACACAGCAAGAAGGCACUUAAACAGGCUCUGAAACAACAGCAGCAGAGAAAUCAGCGCCGUCAGUGUGGAAUUUCCACAGCCUCCAACCCUCGACUGCUACUUAAAACUGUCAAAGACAUGACUGAUUCAGCAUCUGCCAAAUCUGCAAUGAAAUAUCCAGACUCUCUCACUACUGUAGGCUGGGAACUGAAACAGUCUGAGCGCUGCCCGGCCAGUCCCCAGAAUUCUACUUCUAGCUCCUCCUCCUCUGUCAAAGCAGAUGUGUGCCACACUGUUGGUGCCAGGAAGAUGUCUCAGCGCUCCAGUCGGCUCAGUGCCCGCCAGCUAAGACGAACCAAAUGUGAGAUUGAUGUGGAGACUCCCGAUUCCAUUCUGGUCAACACUAACCUGCGGGCCCUAAUCAACAAGCACACAUUUUCCAUGUUGCCCCCAGAUUGUCAACAGAAGCUUCUGAAGCUGCUGCCAGAAAUUGACCAACAGUCUUGUAUGGAUGGUCUCCUGAGGGUAACCAGUUCUGCUUUGAACAAUGAGUUUUUUACAUCUGCUGCACAAUCUUGGAAAGAGAGGCUGGCAGAAGGUGAGUUUACCCCUGAGUUAAGACUGAGGAUACGGCAAGAGAUUGAGAAAGAGAAAAAGGUGGAGCAUUGGAAAGAGCACUUCUUUGAAAGCUACUAUGGGGAACAGUCUGGAUUGAGUGUUGAAGAAUCCAGGGAGCUGACACAGGUUGAAGGCACUUCUGUACCAGCUAAAGACUUAACCUUGUCUGGAGGAUCAGAGUCAAGAACAGAAGCACAGAAGCCAAGCCACACUGCUGAGGUCAGCCAAAAGGAGCAGAGAUCCACAGAGGUUAAAUCAACAGUACCUAUAAGCCAUGUAGAAUCAGAGUCUUUCUGUACAGGAUCAAUCAUAGCAAGUCACUCCACCUCAGAUCAGACGCUGACAUCUCCAGACACAAAGACUGCAUUGCUGGCACAAGAAGAGUCUGAAGCAACUGCACUGAAAGAAGAACCUUUAACAUCAGCUGCAACAGAUGAAAAUGUUCAAGUAAGUGAGACCAAGUCUGAUGCCCCAAAACCUCAUCAGGAAGCUGUGAGUAUCAGUCCUAAAGGAAAAGAUGCAUUGGAGACUGAGUCUGUUAAAGUUGAUGGGACUGUAUCACCAACCUCUGCUGUUACCACGGAGUCCUUGAAGAGGAAAGUCUCUAGUGAACAAGAAACAGCAGAGAAGAAACCUCGCCUCUCCCCACCAGAAGGGUUACCUCAAGCAAUAGCUUCGGUAACAGUGCAACAGAGAGUACCCCCUCUAAAAAUCCCUGUGUCGCGAAUCCUGCCUGCUCCCCCAGCUGCAGGCCAAGUUUCUCCAAGGACUCCCCAUCCCUUGACACCACCCAGUAUCCGCCCUGGAGGCACCGGUGCUCGCACUUUAGCUGACAUCAAAGCUAAAGCCAAAUUAGCUCGAGAACAGCGUGCUGCCGCAGCCGCAGCAGCAGCAGGCGCAGCUACCAGAGGAGCCACUUCGGGACCUGGCUCAACUGGAGGCACUUCCACACCUUCUCCAGCCCGGUCUCUAUCAGAGGAAUUUUCACCAGCAAGUAGUAGAAGCCAGUCUGUAUCACCAGUAAAGAUUAGCUCUGUUUCUCCUGCUCCUGAAAGCACAGGGUUUCUCUCCCAAACAUCUCCCUCCUCAGGUGCUACUGGGCAGACAGACUCUGGUUUUGCUCAAAGUCUUUGUGCAAAUCAACUGUUUUUAAAGGAAAACAGGUCUUUGAUGGGUUCCCAGACCACUCAGUGUGCAUCAGACCCACUUUCAAAGGAUCAUCAUACCCUUCUGGCAGUUGGUGGGAUGCAAUUACCACCUUUAAACACACUGGCUCAUAAUCAGAGAGCACAAGAAGCACCUUUGUCAGGGACCAAAUCUCACUCCUCAAUCCCUGCCAACAAUCCUCUGGUCACUCAGCUCCUUCAAGGUAAAGAAGUUCCCCUUGAAAAGAUUCUUCCAAAGCCACUUGCCAAAACCGAGGUGCAAUCAGUAACCACUCCAGCACAAGAUCACGGGAAAUUGGGCAUUACCACAAAAGGGUUGGGCAGGGAGAACUCCAUAGACACAGAGGAUGUUAGCAGAUCUAGACUGCAGGCUUCUUCAGGUCAAUCUAUGAUGUCUGGCAGACCUGGGAUCAGUAUGGACAAGCUAGACAAGAUCACUCAGGAGCAGAUCAUCCAUGUUCUGAGACAUCGAAGUCAGCAGAGCCAGAUCUCCGUGUCAGUCCCUCAGCCGUCUCACUUUGAGCCCUAUCAACUAGGCUAUCCAGAGAGCUGCAAUAACCAACCAAGGUUCCAUCUAGGCCUCUUCGGAAGAAAGAGGGUGGCCAAACCUGCCAUGACAGGACACUACCUCCUCAAUAUCUCCACAUAUGGCAGAGGGUCUGAGAGCAGCAAGCGGCCCCAUCUGGCCAACCUAAAGAGAGAAAACGUGGAAGGAGAAGAGAAAGAAGGGGCUGAUUUGAGUAGAGGUGCUCACUCUUCUUCAGGACACUCUAACCCUCCUAGGGUUAAAGUUGAACAGCAGGGAUAUCUCAUCUCAAGACCAGAUGAUGCACUAGGAUACCAACACUGUCCUCAAAUAAAGUUGGAGUCUCCGGCGCUCAGCUGUUCAUCCAGUACUGGAGAAGGUGGCACUUCUACAAAAACCAAAGACACAUCUCCAAGACCGCACCUUGAUGUCUGCAGUAGUAAACAGGGUAUCUCAGGGCCACAUCAGUUGAGCGAAUGUCACCCACAAGUGAAAUCUUUCCAGUCACAGAAUUCAAAUGAUGGGCAAGAACCUGUAAUGGGUACUUUCUAUGGUGGCACCAUCAGCAUGUCUGUGCCUCCCUCAUUAAAUAACAGCAUUGCUAACACUGGCACCUCUCCUACAGUCACUUGCAGUCGUGAGAGUGCCAACGGGGGAAUGAUGUCUUUCUCUGUGACUGUCACUGCCAUACCUGCUGGUCACCUUCUAGAUCAGAGCAAAGGUGAAGCAUCACCAGAGCAGGCCUUCAUAGAAGCUUCUGGAAUGGAAGAUGUUCAGUCAAAGUGCUACUGUCGAUUAAAGGCUAUGAUCAUGUGCAAGGGGUGUGGGGCCUUCUGUCAUGAUGACUGCAUUGGUCCCUCCAAGCUGUGUGUCUCAUGUCUGGUGGUACGAUAAUGGUGAUGAUGACAAAUGGUGACAAUUGUGAUCAUAAAUAUCUGAAAAAAAACAAUCAUUUGAGUAAAGAGUUUAGUGAGAGUUUUUGAAUUUUCAGCUCAGUGUUGAAGUUCUCACUGUGGUUAUAUGAUCAUAUAACUAUUUUCAUACAGGAGUCAGGCUUUUAUGCUGUUUAGUAUGUUAGAGGUUCAUGUACAUAAUUUGUGCAAUGCAGAGUAAUACUUCCUCUCAGUCAGUUUACUGUAAAGUGAGCACCUUGAUCUAGAUGCAAGACUCAUUGAGUAGUGGCAAUAUGUAAACGCUGAUCAUAUUCUGUAAUAUUUUUGUAACAUAAAAUUUUAGAAAUGAAAGUAACAGUAUAUUACUAUUUUUGUAGCUGUGAAGAUCAUGACCUCCCCUUGUAAUUUCUUUCAAUAGCAAUUUUUAAAGAACUGUGCGGCUUGUUGGAUCCAAAACAGUAAUGAUUUCGAUGUGCUUACCCAGCAGGGCAAAUUGGAUAGUUUAUGUCUUUGUAACUCAAGAAAAGAAUCACAGAGCUGAAAUACCAAUUACUUUCAAGAAUAACUGUGAAUAUAAAAUUUAUCUUAUUGACCUGCCUUUUGUCUAGGCUAAAGUGGUACUAUUAGAUGUGAAUAUAAUCAGUGGUAGAUUUAAAAGAAAAAAGAAGUUAUUUAUGGAGCAGAAGGGAGUAAAUAUCACAAGCUAGCACUUCUUUUAAAACAAAUUUUUUAGGGAUAUGGUGGAAUGUAAGAACCGGUUUAUAUUGAUGAUUGAAGGUGGCAAUAAUUUGUAUAUUUAUAUUUAUAUUAAAAAAAGGCUCAUUCAUCUAAAUCUAAGACAACAUCAAAGUCCCUUAUAUCUCAUCUAAGAGAAAAUCUUAUAUGUCUUUUUUAGGGUUGCACUUUUGUAUUACUAAAACUGUUAACUUGAAUGGACUGCUUGCUAAUCAGCUAUAAAUGCAAACUUUUUGAGUUUGAGGGGAGCUGAAGCACUUCUCUAUCAAAUCAUUUAAUGUUCCCUCUCAGGAGCAAACCCAGGUCUCUGUCAUUUCACUAUAUAGAUCUGAUCAUGCUUGUGUUGUUUACGCUGCUCCAGUGAGGAGUGUGAACUGACAAUGCCUCUUAAAAAAAUCCUGGGACUGUAGAUAUUCUUUAAACUUAAUGUCAUUUAUGUUUUAAACAGAAUAACAAUAAAAAAUGAAAAAUGUUUGUGAGCAAUGAAGUACAGUAGAACACUCAAAAGGGAGAAUAUGAAGAUUUUUGGUUUUAUUCUGUAAAUAUUGGCUUUCCUUGAGAUGUACUGAGAAAUUCUUCUUUUUUUAAAGUUCGAUUUCAGUUAUCUUGCUUGAACAUAUCCACUUUGAUUACUAAGGCUUUUUAUCUGUGAGAAAUUUCUUGAGACAAAUCACACUAUAAUUUGUGUCUAAACUCUAAAUAUUAGACUGUCCUUAAACAAUUCAGAUUUACAGGUACAUUUUGAUACAUAUAUAGUAUAUUAAACGUGCAUAAAAAGUUUGCAUGUUAUGCAUCUGGGUAUCAGUUGUUUUUGUCAAAUUUUCUGCCUUCUACUUAAGACAAUUUUAAAAGAUUUUGCUUGGUAAUAUACCAAAGUCAAUUUAUGGGAAUUAGAUAAUCAGAUUUUGUUUUUAAUGUCUGUCUAGUUUUGAAAAGUAAUAUAUUUUAAUUAAUAUAUUUUAAUAUAAAAUACUAUUUACAAGUCAUUUUACAAAACAUUUAAAGAAACAGGGUAUUUACUAUCUUUAUAUUAACUGUCCCAUCUUGUUAUGCCUCUAUCCAGGGUGUACAUAACACUUUAUAAAAUGAUUUUUGUACCAGAAUUCCCAAGAAUAUAUGCUCCCCCAAGAGACUUGUCUUUGUUUAUCUGUUUCAUGUGGAUAGUCUUGCCUGGAAUACAUUUACCUGCUACUCAAGUGGGUUUUUCUUUGAAAGUAAAUAUCUUUGCGUGGCGUUAGCUGGCAUCAUUCAAAUUUAACUUCUAAGUCACACUGACGACUGAAAGAUCUUAGCUUCUCUCUCUAUCGCUUUAUCUCUGUCAUAUAUAUAUAUAUAUAUAUAUAUAUAUAUAUAUAUAUAUAUAUAUAUAUACACACACACACACAUUGGUUCCACAGUGUCGUGUUUGCUUGUGGUGUAUGGAAAAAGUCCAGACUAGCUUGGUAGUUGUAUGGAUUGUCUUUGGGUGUGAGGGUAUUUUUCAGGUGAUUUUUGAUCUUUGUCAUGUCAGUGGGUAAAUGUAUAUGAUCUUUUUCAUGUUGAUAUAUGCAGUAUGGAUUACAGUGUGUAUAAACAUGUAUGUACACACACAUACACAGUAGAGACAUAACAGAACUGUGAUAAUUUUGUUUUCCCUUUGAUUUACCAUUAUUGGAAACAGUGAUUUACAUUUAACUCAAAAUUUUAUCUGAAUAUGAAUUUUGGACAUCCCUAGUGGUAGACAAUUGUGAUUAAUCUUUUAAUUUGGUAUUGAGUAAAUAAGCAAUGUGUAUUUUUCUGGGCCAAUACUAAUGACAAUUACAUAAAAUACUUCAGCCCACACGGUUAAACUGUUUUCAUCCACCCUCUGUAGAUAAACCUCAAUAUGUCCCCAACCUUUAUAAAACUUUGACAUGACUGAUGACAUACCUGUUAGUAGGAAUAUUCUCCUCACUCACUCUGGACUGAGGUGUUGUGAUGUGAGAUGCAAUGUUUUAUCACAGUUGUGGAGAUCGGAAAAUCUGGUGGAGGGUGCCUCCCUAUAAUGUGUCAUUUUUAGUUUUAAGAUUUCAAAUAUUUUAUGUAAAAUAAAGGUGAAUGUAAUAUAGUAAAUGUAAUCAGCACUUGUAAGCAGAAGUGUAUUUUAUCAAUAAAUGAGAAUAAAAUACAUCAAA